ACUUUCACAACAGCAUUACAACGACCUAUCCAUUAUGUGACCGUAUUGUGUCACCCAUGACCUCGACAUAACAAAGACAGCCCAUACUACCUGCGUCUCUCAAUUCUUCAUCAUAAGACUGUGUUGUCAACAUGGAUUCGUCGCGGAUCAUUCUCUUCGACUUGCCAAGCCGUCCUCCGAAUAAAUGCUGGUCGUUAAAUUCCUGGAAGUCUCGCCUGCUUCUCAACUUGAAGGGAAUCGACUACAAAACUGAAUGGCUCGAGUACCCAGAUAUCAAGCCGCGAUUCGUCGAGCACUUUCCUAAAGACACAGAAGCCUACACAAUUCCAACCGUGCUCCUCCCGGAUGGCAAAUACAUCAUGGACUCGCGCAAGAUCGCCAACCAUCUCGAAGCGGCCCACCCUUCGCCACCGCUUCAUCUCGACUCGCCAUACCUGACCAAGCUCGAGGCCAUCAUCCCGGGUCUCCGUGAUGCCCUCAAGGCAGUGUUCAUGUACCUCCUUCCCAAACGACUGCUCAAUGAAGCUAGUCUGCCAUACUGGUACGAGACGCGCUCGAAACAGCUCAGCAUGCCGGUCGACGAGUACCACGCGGAAGAAGGCGGCGAUAAGGCGUGGAAAAGAGCCAGGGAGAUUCUGCCCAAGGUUACGGAGAUGCUGAAGGAGAAUGAGGGCCCCUUUUUCUUGGGCAAGACUGCGAGCUAUGCGGAUUUGGUCUGGGCGGGCUAUCUGCUAUUCUGGCAGAGGCUCGGAGACGAUGUAUUCGCGGAGUUGCUGAAGGCUACUGGGGAUGCGAAGGUGCAUGAGGAUCUGUUGGAUGCUGUCAAGCCGUGGUCGGAGAGGGCUGACCACUGAGGCCAACAGGUUGACUCCAUCGUGGUCAGCAACAUUAAAUAGUCAAAUGAUGGUAGGAUGGCCGCAGUAUCUCAGAAGUCCAAAAACAAAAAUGGACCGAUGUUUUUUUGUCGUACAUCGACCCCUACCAUCCAACUUAAUAAGGACAUGACUUUGAUUUCUAUACUUAAGUAUGAGUCUUCAUUUAAUGGAAUAAUCAUUACCAAGCGC